AUGCACACACGAUCACUUCUUGCCAUCUUGGCCACCGCUGGCUCGGCUGUGGUGGAAGCUCAGCUGAACAGCUUGGCCCGCGCUGCUGGUCUCGAGUACUUCGGCACCGCCAUCGGUGGGGGCCAGACCGGCGACUCGCAGUACAUGAGCAUCGCCUCGGACACGGACGAGUUCGGCCAGCUGGUCCCCGAGAACGGCCAGAAGUGGGAGAGCGUCCAGCCCAACCAGGGCCAGUUCAACUACGACAGCGGCGACAUUGUGCCCAACGUAGCGGCCCGCAAUGGUCAGAUCCUGCGUUGUCACACUUUGACCUGGCACUCGCAGCUGCCUAGAUGGGUAUCUAGCCGCAGCUGGUCCCGAGAGGAACUCCAGUCCGUCAUCGAGGUGCACAUUGCCAACGUGGUCGGCCACUACAAGGGCAAGUGUUACCACUGGGACGUCGUCAACGAGGCGGCCGAAGAAGACGGUGGCUGGCGUGGCAGCGUCUUCUACAACACCCUGGGCACUGACUUCCUCCCCAUCUCCUUCAACGCUGCCAAGGCUGCGGACCCCGACGCCGGCCUGUGGUACAAUGACUACAACCUAGAGUACAACCAGGAAAAGACGGAGCGUGCCCUUGAAAUUGUGCAGAUUUUCCAGGACGCCGGUGCCCCCAUUGAUGGCGUCGGCUUCCAAGGUCACCUCAUCGUCGGCACUACCCCCACCCGCGAUCAGCUCGCCGACACGCUACGCCGCUUCACCGCCCUCGGUGUCGACGUGGCCUACACGGAGCUCGACAUUCGCCACGCGUCUAUGCCGCCGAGUGACCAGGCUCUCGCCACGCAGGGCGAUGACUAUGCCAAUGUCGUCGGCUCGUGCCUCGACGUGGAAGACUGCGUCGGCGUCACGGUCUGGGGUUAUACGGACAAGUAUUCGUGGGUGCCCGGCACGUUCCCUGGAUCGGGGGCCGCGCUGCUGUGGGAUGAGAACUUUAACAAGAAACCUGCUUAUACCAGUGUCUCGAGCGUCUUGGCUGCCGCUGCGACGGCUGCGCCUUGA